UCGGUCAGUGUGUUUUGGCGUGGUCGUGAACGCACCACCCAGUCUUUUUUUCUCUCGUUUGGGCGGAGUUUCUGGUUUCUGCUGGAAAACUCCCUGAGCGGAGGGAAGUGAGAGCAGACGAGUUGUCGGAGGGCAGAGAAUACUCACCUGUUGAACAGCAGUGGUCUGAUUUUACAUAAGUUUUUUUUUAACUCACCUGUUUUUCCGCUGACAUUCUGCGAGCCUGAGCCUUCAGGAUGACGGACACUCUGUUACCAAACGGCAUCAAAGACAGCGGAGGAGACCGGAACUAUUUCAGAAAGGGUUGUAACCCAUUUGCCCAGACUGGACGAAGCAAACUGCAGAAUAAGCGAGCCAGUCUGAACCAGCAGAUCAUCAAACAGAUGAGGAUGAGGGCUGGAGCUGAGAACCUGCUGAAGGCUACAUCUAACAACAAGGUUAAAGAGAUGGUUUUGUUGGAGUUGAGCUAUGUUAACUCCAACCUGCAGCUAUUGACGGGGCAGCUGGAAGGACUCAACAGCUCAGUGGAGGUCUACCAGAACACCCAGGAAACAGCCAACAUCCCUCUCAUUGCCCUGGGUCUGAAGGAGACAAAAGAAAUUGACUUCUUCACUCUGUUAAAGGACUUCAUCUUGGAGCACUACAGCGAAGAUGGGAACAAUUAUGAAGAUGACAUUGCUGACCUGAUGGACCUGAGACAGGCUUGCAGAACUCCAAGUCGAAAUGAGGCCGGGGUGGAAUUGCUUGCAAAAUACUUCAGCCAUCUUCCUCUGAUUGAGAGCCGAUUCUUCUCCCCAUCCCACCAGACUGGCAUCUUCUUCACCUGGUAUGAUUCCUUCACAGGAGUGCCAGUGUGCCAACAGAACCUAUCACUGGAGAAGGCCAGCAUCCUCUUCAACAUGGCCGCCCUCUACUCUCAGAUCGGUACCCGUAGUGACCGACAGACGAUAGCCGGCUUGGAGGAGGCCAUUUCUUCCUUCCAGAUAGCUGCAGGUACCCUGAACCACCUGAAGGAAACAUUCACCCACACUCCCAGCUAUGACAUGAGUCCAGCCAUGCUCAGUAUGUUGAUUCGGUUGAUGCUUGCUCAGGCUCAGGAGUGCCUGUUUGAGAAGAUUGCACUGCCUGGGAUCCGAAACCAGUUCUAUUCCCUGAUGAAAAUGGCCCAGGAGGCUGCAAAGGUCUCAGAAAUCUACGACCAAGUCCACCAGUCCAUGAUCCAGACGCCAAUUAAAGACAAUGUCCCGCUGUUCUGGUCCACCAUGUCGCAAGUCAAAACCAACCACUACCGCUCCAUGGCACACUUCUUUGUAGCCUCAGCGCUGCUGGACCAUCAAUUGAGUCCCAGUGAUGAUGAGGACCAGCUGGAGAAAACCUUGUCACAGGUCUAUGACCGCCUUCCUGAGGGACGCACACCUCUGGACAUCCUGAAAAAGAAAGAUGAACGUGAACGCAUCGGCAAAGCACACAUUCGUCGGGCCAUCGCAGGCCACGAGGAGGCUCUGAGGAUCUGCGGCUUGUGCCCCCACUUGAACAAGCUGGAGGUGCUGCAGGAGAUUUUAAAAGCCAGCCACCAGCGCUCACUCAACAAGUACAGUGAACACGAAAAUGAGGAACAGUUUACUGACUACACGGAGGCCCCAGACAUCAUCUCUAAAACAGAGCACAAAGCAGAGAUGGAGGUUCCUGCUACCACAAAGGUGAAAGUCACAGACUUCUUCCAAAGGCUGGGCCCUCUAUCAGUCUUCUCAGCCAAGCAGCGGUGGACAGCCCCACGGACAAUACGACUUCAUGCAGAAGACAGAGACCUGGGCUUCACCCUGAAAGGAGACACUCCAGUCCAGGUGGUUUCGUUGGACCCCCUCUGCUCAGCUGCUGCUGAUGGUCUAAGAGAGGGCGACUACAUUGUGGCAGUGGGCGACACAGACUGCAAAUGGUUGGGUGUGGGUGAGGUGAUGCGGUUGCUGAAAGACGUUAACGAGGAGGGAAUUGACAUCCAGGUGGUCAGCAUGAUGGACAGCAACCCUCCAAUGCCUACCAAGAGUGCCACCUUCUGCGGAAACCUGCCUAAGACCUACUCCAUGAUUUGUCUUGCAUAUGAUGAUGACGACAAGAAUCCCAAGUCUCGCAAAGUAACAAAGAAGCCAUCCUUCAUGAGCUGGGGUCUGAAGAACAAGCUGAAGAGCGCCAGCACUCUCAGCCUUCCCACAGCUGACCACUCUGGUGCCCUUCCCUGGAAUAAACCCUGUCCCACGUUCCCCAGCUCCAGCUCCUACAACAAUGACAGUGCCCUCUACUGAGCUAGCUGCUAAUGUUCUGCUAUAUGAAACCAGCAUGCAGCGUGCAUAUUAAGCCUAGUGUGACUGUGUACAGUACUGUGUUUUACCUAUACUGGACCUGCUAUGGAUAUGGUACAGUACCCUUGUGUUACCACUGGAAUACUGAGGAGUGGUGUAUGUAGCCCGUAUGUCACCAGUGUAAUGAUGAAACUUGUUCCGGCUACCUUGGAAAGUGGCUCUGCCAAAUACUGUACAUAGGUGCCUUUGUUGGUACAUAGGCGCCUUCGCAGCACAGUUAAGUGUCUGAAGUAAACUGGACUGCACAGCAAACAUAAUGAGAAAUCAUUCCGUACCAUGCCAGUAUGUGUACAACACAGUACAACUGCACUGUGGGAAACACACAGCAGUUAUCAUUCCAGUCUAUAUAUAUAUAUGCACACAAAGAAACAGAAUCAGGCUUUAAAGUUAAACUGUCAUCUCAGUAUGUUUUCCUGAAGAAACACUCCAGACGAACUGAAGGACGAAAACAAAGCUGUACAAACACACCCAGCGUAGGUUACUACUUGACUGCAAGGGGAUAAUUUUAAUGUGGUUUCAACAGUCCCUUGUUAGUUUCACUGUGUGCUGAUGUAGCUGUGCAGUUCUCUAUGUUCCCUCAAUACAUGUCUGUUUCAUACUGUAUAUAUGAAGGAUUUGAGUAGUGCCACGGUAUUAGUUGCAAUCAGUGGACUUUGAUCAGUUUUGGGUUUUAAAAUACUUAUUUCUAAAUACAUUUAUAGAUGUUAUGAACCUUGUUGCAGUAUAAUAGUGAUUGAGGGAAAACAUAGUGCUGUGCAGUUUUUUGUCUGGUGAGAAUUGAUGAAUGCAAUGUUCUACAUGCUGCUAAAAACAUAUAUAUACCUUGGUUAUGUAUUAUUGUCACUUUUGUAUUUGUUAGACAGCCUUUGAGGAUUAUUGUCUCUGCUGAGUGUCAUGCCUAGGACACAAUAUUGCUACUUUAGGAUUGCUUCCUUUACCAGUUACGCCAUAGACCAAAAUGCCUACAUGCCAGGAUGUACCAUUUACCAUCCUGACUCAUCUUACCCUGUUCUGUUAUCAGUGCUGCUGCUGUAUGGCACUUUGUCCAUUCGUAAGAGCACGAGCUGCAUGUGUCUCUAUGCUAAUGUGAAUUUUGAUGUAGUUACGGAUUAUUUUGUCUCCAGAAGGGAACAAUAUUGGCAGACCAAUGACAUUCCAGCAGUAUAACGAGACAGCCAGUUGACCCAACAGUCAGGUUUCUACUAUAUGUCUUUCUACCUGUCUCAGUCCUAGCCACCCACAUUUUACUGACACUUUGUUGUGUUGGACUAUCUCUAUCUACAAAGUAGAUUCCUAUACACAUUUGAUAAUCAAAUUGUUUAUGUAAUAAAAAAUACAAAAAUAUAUAUAUUUACCUGUAAAGUUGUAGGUUUCAGAACUAGUUUGUGAAUGGUUAACUUGUGAAUUUUUGCACGUUGGAUUUCUUGGUUUAUUUCUUGGAUGAAUGUAUUUUAUUAGCCUUGCUUAAUCCUUUGAACUUAUAUACUUGUACAUGUUGAGUAUGAAAAGGUAUUUUAAAAUGUUUUUAAACAUUAACACUGAGAAGAUAUAACGCUCUUUACAGUCUCUGUUUACCUAGUGUGGUGUCUCAAGUGCCAUCUAUGCUAAAUCAUGAAGGAAAAUAUCACAAUGAGCAUUUAACAAAAAUGUGCAGUAAUUGAUAAAAUUGAUAAGUGCUAACUAGCAUGUGUACAUACACAGCUGACGUUAGAGAUUUAACAAAUCUUUACAUGCAUUUCAUAGUGCAUAGUGAUCCAAAUGCCUUGGUGUAUAUGUAGAGCAUUAUUGUACCUGUUCUUCUAAGGGUUUCAGGUUGCCUUUGAUUUUUUUCUGUAUUUUAUUCUGCAUAGCAACUGUGGUGUGAAUGCUUGUUGUUGGUAAAAUCUUUGUGUUGUAUGUAUAAUCUUUAAAUCUCAAUAAAAGAUGGGGACAAAACCAA